AUGAAAGAAUUAAGAACACAACGCGAUCAAAACGUCAAAGCAUUGAGUCCUAAAUUAUCCGAUUCAAACAACAUUUCCGAAUUAAAGAAAUUGUAUAAUUCAGAAGAAGAACGACGUAAGAAUGAAUUAACCGUUAUCCAAAACUACGAGAACUCUAUUAUCGAAACAGAGAAGAACGUAAUGAACAUGUUCACAUCACAUUUACCAUUAAUCACAUCUUCAUUGAUGUCAUUGUUUGAUAAAUUCCCAUUAUUAGAAGAUUUGAUUCCAGGUCCAGUUGCCAAUGAAGAACGCAGGACAUUGAAAUCAUUGAUUAAAGACAAAGAAAGGAAGUCCAUGCAAUUACCAGAUGACCAAGACAGACCAUUCCAUGUCCGGCAAUGGCCAACAUUACCUUUAACAAUGGAACCAUUGUCUUCUAUGACCAGUCAAACAGAAAGUCAAGAUCAACAAACGAAAGAGAAGAAUUCAGGAAGGAAAACAGUUAAGAAACCAAAGAAAUCAGAUGCAAUCAAGUCUGUUGAAUCCGCAAUGAUGCCUAUUAUUACAUCUAUUGACACAUCUAUAUCGCGGCGUUAUUGUUGA